AUGAAGUGCACCAACUCUGAGGAUAAGCCUACAGCCUUUGACAUGGGCAGAGGAUACCAGGAACCAAGGGUGGGAAGGCGGGCAGAGGACCAGGGAGCGGCUUGGGGUGGCUGCGCCGGGCAGGGCAGGUACUCUAAAGAAGGAAAGUCUGGGCACGCCGGCCGGACUCCACCUUACGAGGGUGGGGGAAGGAGGUCCUGCCUCCUCGCACAGAGUCCAGCCCUUGGUGCUGGAGCUCCGUUUGUGAUAGGUUCGGGGAAAGUGCGGCGCUCAAAAGGAGAUAACCAGUGGUGGUUGCCCAGGAAAGGCGUGUGCUGGGAGGGAUUCCUUCUCCGAGCCGGGUUAGUUGUCUUCACUUCCGGGUGCCUGCGGAUGAGUAGGCGGGGGUCCAAGGUCAGCGGCCAGAACGCAGAUUGCUUUGACCCCUGGUCUUCUACUUCCAGCGGCACUCCGACGACCGUUGAAAAUGCGCGGGCGGCAGCAAAACGACAGCCGCGAAUUUACCACUUGCAGACCCUAAACCCCACCUCUGAAGGCCAGGCGGCGUCUCCGUGGCGACGUGCAGCGAAGUGCGGCUGCGCAAGGGUGACGGAGCGAGGGCGAAGGGGAGGGGGUGUUUUGGUUCCAGCCGCUCGCCGUCCUUUCAGACUUGUCCGUCUGAAAGCUUCUCGUUCCUUCUUUCCCUAACCCCU